UACGUCGUUUUCUUUUAUAAUUUACUACUGCUAGUCCCAACUGUCUCACGAUUUUCCUCCAAGCCGCAAGCCCGUCAGUUUAGAAGCCACCACCGCCAUUGUCGUUCACCAUUACUGCUCUCUCCCACUCUCGCCGUCGCGGUCGAUCACCAACUCGAAGCCAUAGCCGUGGCUGCUGCAAUUGAACUGAAACAGUAAUGGCAAAAGGUCUGAUAUGGGCAACAGCUGAAGAUCUGGCAAGGAAUAGAGGACAUGUUAUUUCUCUUUAUCGCCAAAUAUUGCGCAGCCUCAACUCUCCAAAUUUGCCUCUUAAUUUAGCUGCUAGACUGGCUAAGAAGGCUGAAGUUCGUGCCAUCUUCAUGCUGGCUUCUGAGGAGAGAUCCCUCCACAACAUCAAUGAUCUUAUCAACACUGCUGAAUAUGCUCUCUCCAUCCUGAGAAAAGGUGAAAUCCCCAACUCCAUCCAGUGGUAAUGGGCUACCAAACAUAGAAUUUAAAGUUUGAGUUCUGCAGCUUUCAGUUAUAUAUUUAAAAUUUAACAAAGAAUCAUUUAGCAUUUUUUUCCUUUUAAUUUUUAUUUUAUUUUCAGAGAUGCCAUAGUAAUCAGAAAUCAUCACCAAAAACUUCAGCAUUAUUCUUUGAUCACCCUUGUGUUGUAUAAUCAGAUAGCUACUCUUUAAUAAAUUUUUUUUUUUUAAAAUAUUUCAAAUUUAAUAUAAAAAUAAAUUGAUAUGUGUUUA